UUCAAGCUGACAGAAAGGAGCCAGGCCUUGGCCGGGAACUACGCUCCCAGAUGCCUGCUGUACCGCGCCGGGUGGAGCGCCCAAGCCAGCUGGGGUGUGGGAGGACAACGCUCCGCGCAGGGCGCUCCACUGGGGUGUCGUGGCUUCUGGAAAAAAGGGGCGUGUGCUCUGCGCCUCGCGGCCCCAAACACUGCUCCUCCGAGUGAGCCGCCCGCCUAGAUCCCAGGCGCUGCUCUGUCCCCAGAUCCCGCCGCUCCCAGCCCAGGCGACACGCUGCAGUCCGCGCGCCGUUGCGGGGACAGCCGUCUGCGCGCUCUCCUGGGCUAGCAAACUUUCCCGGCGAAGAUCGCUCCAGCCUCCCGCCUAGGCGCCUCACACUCCCCGGGGGACUCGGAAAUCUGCGCCCCCUUCGCCUCUGCAGCCAAGAACCCACUGAAAAUAUGGCGCCCUCGAACGUCGUUCCUCGGGUCCCCAGAUGCCAGUCUCCAGGUCCCUCCCGAUCUCCGAGAGCGCGAAAUCUCAGCUCGCCGGGGUCGAGGACCGAGAGUUACCGGAAACGCAACGGGGUAGCCCCGUGGAGACCAGCUGCCUACAGCUAGGAGUCGGCUAUGGAGACUAUUUGCAAACCGCCGCACCAGGGUGGAGAGCAGCGAAACAUACAUGUGCAAUAGACAGGUGCAUUAAUUGCAAUUUAUUUUUCUUUUUCUGCCAAAAAAAAUAUUUAAAGUCUUCCUGGAACAUGAAAUCUAGGCGUUUUGCAGGGUUUUUCUGCAUUGACAUCACUUACGAGAUGCAAAAGAGAGAAGGGAAAGAGAAAAAAAAAAACCACCCACAUAUGCCUUCUGCAGACGGGAGGGGAAAGGCACGAGAAAUUCCUGCAGGGUGCAUGCAAGCUGAGGGAAAGCCAAGUGCGCCGAGCGCCUUACCGCGGGAUGCAGCUACUGUCUCAUCGCAGAGCGCCAGCCCGAAGAGCAGCCAGCGUCGCCCCGCGCGCCCGCCGACCGCCCGGCUCCCGCUGCCUCAGCCGCCGCCGCCGCCGCCGCCGCUGGCUCCCGGCGCGGAACAAGAGCCGAGGGCUAACGCGAGCGCACGGCCCGCGAGCGCCGGGAGGGCAGGAAGCGCGUCAUCACUGGGGGACGGUGCGGCUCCGGUGGGCCCCGGCGCAGCUCAGCGCCCGAGAGUUGGCUGAGCCGUGGCGUCCUGGGACCCUGCGUCCUCUGCA